AUGUCUGACGUUACCAACGGAAAGAACCCCAACAAUGUCAGAGGCGGUUACAAGGCUGCGAUGAACAACCCCAACAACUCUGAGGACAUUAAAGACCAGGCUCGCAAGGAUCUUGAGAGCCUCGACAACGACCUUGAGGAAGCGGGCAUCGACACGUCGGGCACCAAGGGUAGCAGCGAAAACGCUGACGGAAAGAACAUGGGCAACUUUUUGGGCGGACACAAGGCCAACCUGAAGAACCCUAACACCAGCGAUGAAGCCAAGGAACAUUCGGAACAGAUCCUUAAGGAACACGAUGCUAUGUAA